GUUGGAUUAUUUGCUUUAAAUUAUUUUUUCACGUCAACUGUUACUUGUCAUUCGUGGAUUUUCCCUCCAAAACCUGCCGCCAUGUCCAAAGCAGCCUCGACCGCUGCCCACGCCGACGACAAUGAAAGCGAUGUCGAAGAGACAGCACAGGAGCGCGUGAUUGCGGAGGAGUACAAGAUCUGGAAGAAGAACACGCCUUUCCUGUAUGACCUCGUCAUGACGCACGCGCUGGACUGGCCCGCAUUGACUGUCCAGUGGUUGCCCAACGUGCACACACACAGUGGUAACGACUACUCGAGCCACAAACUGCUCCUAGGGACACACACGGACAACGAGUCGCAGAACUACCUCAUGGUCGCGGAGGUGCGCUUGCCGUUGGAAGACACUGAGAUCGACGCGCGCAAUUACGACGACGACUCGUCCGAACUGGGUGGGUUUGGCGGUGCGUCUGGGAAAGUUGAGGUCCAAAUCAAGAUCAACCACGCUGGUGAAGUGAACCGGGCGAGGUACAUGCCUCAGAACGACUUGAUCGUCGCGACCAAGACCGUGUCGUCGGACGUGUACAUUUUCGACAUCUCCAAGCACCCGUCGACGCCCGCCGAGGGCUCGGGGUGCAAUCCGGACUUCCGAUGCAUCGGACACACCAAGGAAGGGUACGGGCUGUGUUGGGACCCCCACCAAACCCAUCACUUGAUCAGCGGGUCCGACGACGGCAUCGUGUGCGAAUGGGAUUUGGCGAACGCUGGCAAGCAAGUGCACCCGCUCAACAAGUACACGGGACACACGGACGUCAUUGGCGACGUGGCGUGGCACAUGCAUCACCAAAAGCUGUUUGGGUCUGUCGGCGACGACAAGAAGCUCUUGAUCUGGGACAUGCGUCUGAAGAGCUUUGACAAGCCGCUGACGUCAGUUAACGCCCAUGACGCCCCUGUGAACAGCUUGUCGUUUAGUCCGUUCAGCGAGUACCUCUUGGCCACGGGAUCGUCCGACAAGACGGUCAACUUGUGGGAUAUGCGAAACCUCAGCUCCAAGCUGCACACGUUUGCCGGACACAGCGAAGAAGUGUACCAAGUGGAGUGGUCCCCGCACAAUGAGACCAUCUUGGGGUCGUGCUCGCAGGACCGCCGCUUGCACGUGUGGGACUUGAGCAAGAUUGGCGAAGAGCAGAGCGCAGAGGAUGCCGAGGACGGUCCCCCCGAGCUCCUGGUACGGUCACCCUUUCUCUUGACAUGUUCAACAUGCGCGGAGAAUCAUCGAGUCGUGUGUAGUUUAUUCAUGGAGGACACACGGCCAAGAUUUCCGACUUUUCGUGGAACCCGAACGAUCCGUGGGUCGUCGCGUCCGUGUCGGAAGACAACAUCCUCCAGAUCUGGCAAAUGGCCGAGAACAUUUACAACGAGGAACAAGAUGACGACGACGUUGCGGACGACGCACUAGAGUAGAUAACUAAGGGAGCAUUCGGCAUGUACAUA